AUGGCUAUCACAAUCGCGCCUAUCACAUCUGCUGAUAUUCCAGCAGCCAUAAAAUGUAUACAAGACGCUUUCGACGACGACCCCUACAACAAUUGGGUCUUUGCUAAGAAGUUAGAUCCCAAACUGGGUGGUUUCGACAAGCUUCGCAACUAUGCCAGUCUAAGAGCUAAAUGUGAGUGGGGCAUGAGAAGCAGCUAUGCAUUAUUCUAUGUCGCCAAGGAGGACGACAAAUUGCUCGGAAUAUCGAUGUGGACAACGCCAGCAGCGACCGCACGACCACAGACGUGGACAGAUUGGCUGAAUGACUAUCGGUUAUGGGUUGAGCAGGGCGUCAAUGUGCUCUGGUAUCGUGGUUGGGGUGGGCUGAAGCGGGAUAGGUAUUGGAUAUGGAAAAAGGAACAGGAGAAGUGUCAGCAGGAGGUGUGGACGGACGAGAAGGGAUACUAUUUCGUCAAUAUCGUGACCGUAGCGCCCGAAGCACAAGGAAAAGGCAUUGGAAGGCAGUUAUUUGAGGUUGUGACUGAGGAAGCAGACAGAGAGGAAAGAAGGUGCUACUUGGAAAGUUCAAGAUGGGAGCCGAAUGUGAGGAUAUACGAGAGAUUGGGCUUUGAGGUCUGCAAAAAGAUGAGGUGUACAGCUGAGGAUGGGAGCGAUGAGGGUGUGGAUCUUUUCUGUAUGAUGAGAGAGCCGAGGAGUGUUUCUUAA